AUGGUCAAGUCAAUGCGCUUCCGAGACUUGCAGGUCCCUACGCCAGGCUUUGGUGCCAUGGGCAUCAGCUUCGCACUCGGCAACGACCUCAGCUACGAAGAGGCCGAGCCUGUAUUGCUGAAAGCAUUGGAGCUGGGUUGCACGUUUUGGGACACUGCUGUCUCUUAUGGCCCGGGAAAGAAUGAGAAGCUUCUCGGCGACUUUAUCAGAAAGCAUAACUGUCGCGAUAAGAUUUUCAUCGCGUCAAAGUGCGGUGUUGCUGCUUUUGAGGACGGAUCCGUGACCAACUCGGCUGAACAUAUCGCGACGUACAUCGAGGGAACCAUCGAAAGACUAGGCUUUACUCCCGACCUAUACUACAUCCACCGCAUGGAUCCGAAUACACCACUUGAAGAAUCCAUCCCUGCUCUUGAUUCCCUCCGCAAGCAGGGCAAAACAAAGUACAUUGGCUUAUCCGAAUGCUCUGCGGAGACACUGCGAAAGGCAAACUCAAAACAAGUCGCCAAAAUCGACGCCGUCCAAGCAGAAUAUUCCGCUUUCGAAACGAUCCACGAGACCGACGGUCUGAUCGACACAGCCCGUGAGCUUGACAUCGAGUUUAUAGCCUACGGUCCCCUCGGCCACGGAUGGCUCGUAGAAGACUUUCCCUACCAGACGCCCGAUGACUUUGCCCCCGAAGACUACAGACGUCAGAUUCCCAAGUGGCAAGGCGAGAACUUUUAUGCCAACAAGAGAAUCGCCGAUGGCUUUCGGGAGCUAGCCAAGCGCAAGAAGUGUACUCUGCCUCAGGUUGCCCUUGCCUGGGUAGCCGCGCAGGGCAUGAUUUCGAUCCCGGGCACGACGAAGCCGGAGCGUUUGGUAGAGAACUUUUCGUCGAGAGAUAUAGAGCUCACGGACGAGGAGGUCAAGGAUAUGAGGAAGCUCGUUGAUGCCCUGAAGCCGCAGGGAGAUAGGUAUAAUGAAGCCGCGAUGAGGAACAUCGGUAAAUAG